UUAAUGGUGCACGAAUGGGACCCUAUUCUAGUUCAGAAUUUCAGAAUGACUUUGAAAAUGAGUAUGAAAUCAAGUUUGCUUAUUUUAGCCCUGCUCAUUCACAAUGGUGUGGCGGUUUCGAAUUUUAUGUCAGUUUAUACCAAAUUCGAAAUAUCGCGUGAAAACUAUGAGUUUCCGAACUUAUUGCACUACAUAGUCAGUAAUUAUAUGAUGGAUUGUUCUCUUUUCAUUCUUUACGAUGAAUUCUUCUACGAAACACAUAUCCAUAAAGAUACCUUGUUCAAAAGCUUCAACCUACUUAAAGAAUUUCCAACAACGAACGGUUUUAUCGAUAAAUUCAACAUCAGUUUCUUAUACAAAGACGAAGGUCGGCGAUUUUGCUUCCAUUUUAUAAUAUUCUCCAACGAUGAGGAACUAGCCAUCGCUAAAUUGGGUUUCCAGCUAAGCAGUAAAGUAGUGGUAGUUUCGACCUUCUCUAGAUUUCAACUGGCAGAAUUUUUGGCAUCUCAAACUGCUCGCAAUAUCAUGAAUUUAUUAGUGAUAACUGAUCCGCUUUUGACUAAAGAUGAUUACCAAUCAAAAAAAUUCAAAGAUAUAAGCUUAUUUACCCAUAAACUACACGCGGACGGUAUUGGCUCUAGUUCGUUACAAGUUUUAACAGCUUGGAGAAAGAAUAAAUUAACUCGAUCAAGUAUUAAUUUAUUUCCACCGAAAUUAGAUCGUGGAUUUAAUGGUCAUCAGUUCCUCGUAGCAGCUUAUGAUCAGCCUCCUUUUGUUUACAGAAAUAGAGUAAGUGGCCGUGGUACAGAAAGAGAAUACGAUAUUUGGGAUGGAAACGAAGUACGUUUAUUGAAACUGGUCGCCCAGACGUUAAAUUUUGGUGUGAAUAUUAUGAGAGUGCAAAAUGCCAAUGAGACUAACGGAGCUGAUAAAGUUCUUACUGCCGUUCGUACUGGAGCAGCAGAUUUCGGAAUUUCUGGAUUAUACGUUACUCGUCGAGCUUACGGUGAAGUAUAUUUUUCGCUUAGUCACGUUCAAGAUUGUGCUGUAUUCAUUACUUUAUCGUCUACUGCGAUACCAAAGUAUCGAGCUAUUCUAGGUCCGUUCCAAUGGGGUGUUUGGUUAUGCAUUAUUGGCAUUUACCUAGCUGCGGUUGUACCAUUAGCGUAUUCGGAAAAACGAUCGUGGAAGAAAUUAUACAAAAGUUGGGGCGAAGUUUGUCAUAUGUUUUGGGUAGUUUUCGGUACUUUUACGAACCUGUUCACUUAUAAAGGCGAAGAUUCCUGGAAUAAAUCAAGGAAAAAUGGAACUUGCGUCGCGAUAGGUACUUAUUGGGUAUUCACGAUAAUCAUAACCGCUGCUUAUUCCAGUUCGAUUAUUUCGUUCAUUACGAUCCCAACGUAUUUCGAUGUUGUUGACAAUAUUAACGAUUUGAUGGAUGAAGAAUUCAGAAUUGGAGUUGCCGAUUCAAGAGACUGGAAGGUUUGGUUCAACGAUACUGGUGAUUACGCAACAAACAAGUUGUUAAAGAAUUUAGACGUAGUCAAUUCUACAGAUUUAGGUGUACUGAAAGUUCAAAAAAACGAAAGAUAUGCCUUCUUGGGAUCUCAACAUCAUCUAUCGCAUAUCGUUAGGACGAACUUUUCGGGCUCGAGCAAAAAGAAAUCUAAAUUUCACAUCGCCUCGCAAUGUGUAGCCUCAUUCAUGGUUAGCGUAGCUAUGAAAAAGAAUUCAGAUUUUUCAAUGAAAAUUGACCAACAAAUUCAACGCCUUCAAGAGAACGGUCUGGUUGAGAAAAUUCGUAAAGAUUUAGAAUGGGAAAUCGCUCGUACAUCGAAAGGUUCUCUUUUUUCGUUUGGUACGAAUAUUAUUCGCUCAGAUAGUAUAGAAGAUCGUCAACUGACUGUGGAUGAUAUGCAAGGUAUGUUUCUUCUAUUAGGUAUUGGGGUUUCGUUCGCUGCUGCUUCUCUACUUCGGGAAUGUGCACUCGGAUAUCAAUGCUUUGAAAAAAUCAAAGCUCGAAGUCAGCGACCGUCCAUACCUUCUAUCAGAUUGACACCGUGUGAGGAUUCUCUAUUCCAAGGUUCUCUGUAUGUACAGCAGUUAUCUGAUGCUUGUCGUCGAACAGUUAGCGCCAGUAUUUCUUUUGGUGAAUUUGCUUUGAGUAAAAUGAAUUCUAGAAGGAAUUCUCAUUGAAGGAGACAUCAGCACCAUGUAGGUACCUAUAAAUAUCAGAAAUAUGAUUGGUCAUAAAUUUCGUUUGUGAACACCAGACAUACCGUUUGCUGUAGAAAGGAAUAUAAACACAAAAUGAAAUAUCUACUCGUAUUA